UAGUUAAAUUACUUGGAAACGUGAAUGAAUUCUAGACUUUAUUUGUCUAGAAGAUUGUGGGUUGAAAGAUCGUCUGAAUUAAGAGUGCCCUUGAACUCGCUAAAGAGAACAUGAAAACAUAGUCGACUAUGAUGUUGAUGAUUAGGUAAUAGUUACAGUGCUAUUAUAACCACAUAACAGAUUUUGAAGUCAUUAAAAGUAUUUUAAACCAAGAAAUGGAAGGUAUACGUUAAUUAGAAUACUACUCCAUUCCAACUUAUAACAUAAUACUUACAUAAUAAGAGCUAGCAAUAGUUUAUCAAUUACUGAAUCGUUAACCAACCAUAUGUACAAUUGCAGUGCUAAGCCCAUUUGACAACUAAUUAGCAACAAUGUCCGAUGGAGUGCACACACUGAUUGAUUGGCAAACGACUAUCACGAAAUAAUACAGAGUUUCGUUGGGUUAUCGGUCCCAGGGGUUGCCAACAAUUAGUGGGAUUUAAAAUCCAAAGUCAGAGUCGCAGAGCGAUUUGCAUAUGACUGAAAAACCAACAGGCAGUCGGAUUGAACAAAUCCAAAAUUCAAAUUGUGAAAAGCCGUUGGCCUCUGGUUUGCCAUAAAGAGCUGCUGCAAAUUUCUUGCAUAUUUGCACACGGAUUUACAAUAAAUUGCAAUUAUGCAAAUUGAGCGAGUCGAAUGUUUUCGGAGCCGAAGCUCUUCAAACGAACUCCAAAAGAUGCCAGACAUUAAUCAUGGCUAGCAAUUAGCAAUUAUUUAUAUUGACGGGGCGUGUCAAUAUCUGGGCAAUGAUAAAUGGUUUUCACAUUUUUGUAACUACAUCACCCUGGAAAAAGUUAUCGUACUUGCUUUCGAUUAAAUUCUUUUCCAUUAAUCGUGCGGUCAAGUUCAGUACUAAGUAGGCCUUGCAUAUAAAUUGACAAAAGAAAAGGAAAAUUUUACCUAAUAAUAACUGCAAACAUGGACAUCCAGCAGAAAACUACGAAGUCACCUUCGAAGGAUUCAUCUGAUUCCCCUGAUAAAAAGCGCAAGUCCUUAGAAAUCGCGCCCUUAUUAAAACCAGUUGCCCUCAGUAUUUCAAACAGUUAUGGAUUGGAUUGGUAUUUGAUCAACGUGGAAAACAACAUCCCCCGAAAAAAGAGGAGGUACUUCAUCAACCUAUCGUUCUUCUCCGAUCAACUGCAUAAGUUCAUCCCGCACUCCCUGCACCUUCUAAAGUACCCAAACUGGACCGCCAUCUUCCUGGCCACAACGCCUCGUAGCUUCAUGUACUAUCAAGCCCACUUCACGAUGAAACCCAUCCUGACAUUCACACCCAUGAUCAAGACGGCUUCGAAACUGGAAUCUUGGAAGAUGAAGCUAACAGCCGGACAUCUGCCCGUGAUAAACAAUUCUAGGCCAUCAGUAAUACGUCGGCGUCGCAAAUAAAUUGAAAAAAGGAAAGGAAAUUUUUACUUAAAGCUAA